CGUUUUCUCUCUUUGAUUCAGAUCUCUCCCUCUCUUUCUCUAUAUCUUUUUCUUCCUCUCUCCACCCCCAAAAUUUCCCCAUUUUUGUUGGAAAAAAAAGGGAUUUUCAUUUUCUAGAGAAGAUAAAAAUGGACGCUUUGGAUUCAGUAUUCGAUCCGCUGAGAGACUUCGCCAAGGAUAGCGUUCGUCUUGUCAAGAGAUGCCACAAGCCCGAUCGGAAAGAAUUUACGAAGGUGGCGACGCGGACGGCGAUCGGGUUCGUGGUGAUGGGAUUUGUGGGGUUUUUCGUGAAAUUAAUCUUCAUUCCCAUUAACAACAUCAUCGUGGCAGCUUCUUAAUCGCUAAUAGGUAGCAGCUUUUGCCUUGAGGAACUUGGAUUUACUUUUUUGAGGAAAGUUUGCUUAGUUGUAGUUCUAGUCCCUUGGGAUUAGGCUAGAAGAAUGUACUUUGAUUAGUGAUCUUGAACUUGUAUUUUUUACUGAUGGAAGUACUAGUUAUUAAAUUCCAUUCCUACAGUUCAGUUAGCUCCCCUGCUUUUGCAUUUUGCUCA